GCAUGUUCAUAGCACUAGAGUUACCAUCACGUCACUCUUAUUCAUAUUACAUGUGCAGAGUAUUUUGACGGACAGCUAAGUCUGCCUAUAAAGAUAAAGUACUCCUCAAUCAAGCACACAUUCACUCGGAUGACAUUCAGUCCCUAAAGGAAACGACCCUGUCAACAGCAUGGUGUUCCGACUUUGUCUCUGUGUAGUCUUGUUGUAUGCUUGUGGAUAUGCUACCAAAUCCACUGACUACUGUAAGGUUCUGGUCAACUACGACACCUUUAAGACAUCCGUGGACAACUUUCUGGCUUCCAGGGAUGAAACCUGUGGAAACUCGGACGUGCGCAGUGAAAGAAAAGAAACAUGUCUGGACGCUGUGGACAACCGUAUAAAUGACCUCGAGAAGGAAGUCGUGAAGCUGUUACGUGACAAUGAAUACAAAGAGAUUCGUCUCAGUUACCUGGAGACAGAAAUAGCCAAUCUGACGUCUGAACUGAGUGUAGAUUGUGGCUCGCCGACUCCUAUAGAAGGCACAGACGUUGUCUACGAGUCAAGAGGUCUUCUUGCCAUCGCAAACUACACAUGCAGGAAGGGUUUGCUGAACAUCAGUCCUCGUGACACGGUGAUGAGCGUCUGCCAGAAAGACCGGUCCUGGACGAAGGUUAUCAUGAAGUGUGUCAACAUAUCCGGCUGUGGGGUGGUAUCUGAUCCAAGAGUGUUAUACACUGGCACUCAGUCAACAACCAGAUCCGGGAAGACCUGCCAGCGGUGGGAUGCUCAGGAACCACACUCUCACGACAAAACCAAAGACGCCAAGUUCGCUGUUCCAGGCUUUUACACCCCCCAAACUGUAACAGGAUCUGCUAACUACUGCCGUGACCCAGCACGUGACGGAUUCUUGUGGUGUUACACUACGAAUCCAGCUGCACGCUGGGAAAAGUGUGAUGUUCCUAUUUGUCCAAACUGA